CAGCGGAGUCGCAACCGAUCCGAACUACGGAGAUCAGCUCGAAUCAGGAAGACGAGAUGAAGGGGAGAAUCGACGACGCCGAGGCCGGGCUGCAGCUGCCGCCGGGGUUCCGCUUCCACCCCACCGACGAGGAGCUGGUGCAGCACUACCUCUGGCGGAAGAUCGCCGGCCACCGCAUCCCCGCGCCCAUCAUCGCCGAGGUCGACCUCUACAAGCACGAUCCGUGGGACCUUCCAGGGUUGGCGUUGUAUGGGAACAGGGAGUGGUACUUCUACACGCCAAGGGACCGGAAGUACCCCAACGGCUCCCGGCCGAACCGGGCCGCCGGGAGAGGCUACUGGAAGGCCACCGGAGCUGAUAAGCCGGUGGCGGUGCCCGGCAGCAUCGGCCGUACUCUGGGGAUAAAGAAGGCUCUGGUCUUCUACCAAGGGAAAGCGCCCAAAGGGAUCAAGACUGAUUGGAUCAUGCACGAGUACCGCCUGAUAGAUUCCAGUCAAUUACCGGCGAACAAGAGAGGCGGCAGCAAACGAUUGGAUGAGUGGGUGUUGUGCCGCUUGUACCACAGGAAGAACAGCUGGGACCAGAUGCAGAAAAGGAGAGAGGCAGCAGCAGCAUCAUCCUUUGGAACAACAAUGGAGUUGUCAUCGAACUCUAGUCUCUGGACUGCCGAAUCGGAUGUCGAAUCCAGAAAUCGAAUCCAGCCGGCAGGAAUCAACCCAUAUCAGGUUUCUGAAGCAAUUCAUGAUCAGCAGGGCAGAGCUGUAAAUCCCACCAGCAGCAGCCUUCAAAUGGUGGAAGGAAUGAAAGAGGAGACAGAUUGGAUCAUGGACUUGAACUUCGAAGGUUUUCAGAACUCCAUGGCAGAACUUGGAUCCACAUCUGAAAUUGAUGUCUCAAACCAGCAAUACUACUAUUCCACUUCGAGCUCGCUGCCAUAUUGGAAUUAGAGGGGAGACCGAUUCGUUUAUGUGUACAUAGCAUUGGUUAGAGGGGGAAAACACAUGAGAAUAAGAGAUUCAUUUUGUUAAUUUGUUUGUUUGUGUUCUCACUUCAAAGAAGAUGGCGGAAUGGGUUUACAUUGUCGUAGAGGAUUUGCUAGCUUUGCGAGAAUGAUUAUAAUUUUGAUGUAAUAAAUGGAUAAAAGUAGGUUUAUGCGCAUUAUUUUUACUGAUUGCACUACAGCGUCAUCAGAAUUCCUCUAUCUAACAGCCGUCGGAUCACGGCGUAACAGUCUGAUGACCGCCCGAUCUCGCCAGCGCUUUUGAUUGCGAUUUGUCGGUUAGCGAGGGAGCGCCAGAGAAGGAAAUGAAUCAGACCGGAAGAAGAAUUCCUAGCCCAAAACUGGAAACCCUGUUUUUGAAUCGUUCUAUAGGUUUCAUAGAAAAUUUGUGCUUUUGAUUUAUUGGCAUAUUUUCCCGGAGUUCUAACUUCUAAAUGAUGAUGUCUGAAAUGGGUAAACACAUGUUGAUUGGGUCAAUGAUAUGUAAAGGUUAGGUAGUAAAGCUCCAAGCAAUUGAACCAUGAAUGUUAUAUGUAGAUAUUUGUCGACGUUUAGUUUUCUUUGAUGGAAAGAAGAUGGAUUGGAAUAGGAACAGUAUUAGUGGAGAAAGGAAACUAAAGAAAACGUACUAGUACUAGUGUGGAUAAACACCAACUAAAAUUGGAGCUUCUAGGUUAAGAAUAAAGCACCUUUUUGAAGCCGUAAUGGUUUUGGACCUCAUUUGAUGAACUGAUUGUAGGCGAGAGACCCCUUUUUGAAAUAGAUGAUAGUAGAUCUUAAAGUAGUAUUGUUAUUCACAAAA